AUGGCAAGCCAAGUCUGCAAACUGCUCGAGGAGAAGUGGGAGAGCUCACGUGGGCGUGUCGGCAUUUCCCCGACCCCACAGGUACCCGGUUGUGUCUUCGAAUUAGUCUUCUUGGGCCUAGGAUCCGGAACCCUGAAGGGAAGUCGGAGGACAGAGUCGCUGUAG